AAAUUUAAGAGCUCUCCCCCUUCUCUCUCUCUCUUUCUCUCUUUCCUUUGUUAUUGUGUUGUUUUGAGAACAAGUAUCCAAGGUUCUACUAGAUCCGAGUAAUACAAGGUUGUAGUUCUAUUGGAGUUGUAGUUAUGGUCUGCUUGCAAGCUCUGUUAAAGUGAGUCGUUGUAUCUUCAUUGUAGUUUGUUUGCAAGCCCAUACAUAGUAAACAAUUGUCUUUAGGAUAUCCCUUAUAAAAAGCAUAUAUAUAUAUAUAUAUAUAUAUACUAUAUUUCAAAUGGACAAAAAUUUUGAGGUUAUUUCCAAGUAUUUGAUUGUUUUUAUAUGUAAGACUUACUGUAUGAUAUGAUGUAUAUUUAUUUGCAAUUGAGUUGCAGUUAAUCUGUAUUCUAUUCGUAUUAUAUUCAAAGUUAUUGUUAGGUUUAAAAAUAAAUGUUGUCUUCUUCCUCUUGAUGUAAAUGGAAGCCCCAGAUGGAGGAUAGAGAAGUGGAAGACUCAGAGAACAAAAAUGGGGGAAAAUCCCAAAAUACUCGAUAUCCAUGAGCUUUCAUAUUCCGACCUGCUGCUCUUGUCUACUCCUUACCAUUCUCCAUCUUCACUGCAAGAGAGCGAACGGAUGGAAUCCAUAACCAAAUCCAUACUUGAAGCCCUAGGUCCCAAUGGACCUGGCCUUCUUGCAAUCAUCGGCGUCCCCAAUUCUUCUGUUCUCCGGCGAGCAUUACUUCCUCUCGCUCGCAAGCUCGCCUUGCUCAAUCCCGAUCAUCGCAAACGGAUUCUUAAGGAUCAUAACGUAGGGAGUGAUGUUCCCUUAAGGAAUCCAGAAAGAAGCGUCUCCUCCUUUGCAAUGCAACUCAAAUAUACAGAAAGUAAAGAAUUCAUGCAGAAUAACCAAAGCCAAAUAGAGGAUAAACAAUCAUCUGUUUCAGAAGCUGAUUCAUUUUGUCAUUCAAUUGAGAACAAAGUCAUUGACAACGAGUUUAAACAUCUUGGUAAAUCAUUUAAAGAGUUAGGAAGUUGCAUGAUGGAAUUGGGGCUUCGCAUUGCACGUAUAUGUGAUCGGGAAAUCGGUGGUCAAGAGUUAGAAGAGAGCUUGUUGGAGUCAUGCACUGCAAAAGGCCGUCUCAUACACUACCAUUCAGCUCUGGAUGCUCAGCUUUUAAGUAAACCAGCAAACAGCAAGGGAACUGCAAGAAACCAAGCUAGUUCUCGAAGAAAUAGAGAGCAAAGCAUACAAAGUAGACAUGAUACAUCAAAUAGAAAGGGACUAAGUCAAUCAAGCACAAAUCUAUGGCAGCAAUGGCAUUAUGACUAUGGUAUCUUCACUGUUCUAACAACGCCCAUGUUUCUUUCGCCAUCAAAUACACUUGAAACUGGACUGCAAGAUCUAUGGUGCUGUAGUGAACGUACUUCUCCCAGUGGACACUUGUAUUUGCAAAUUUUUGAUCCGUGUAAGAAUGACGUUUUCAUGGUUAACUCUCCACCAGAAAGCUUUAUCAUCCAGGUGGGCGAAUCGGCUGAUAUAAUAUCGCGAGGGAAGCUUCGAUCCACUCUUCACUCUGUGAGCAGACCUUCUAAGCAAGAGGAUUUGUGCAGAGAAAUGUUUGUUGUAUUCUUGCAGCCAGCUUGGAACAAAACGUUUUCCAUGUCUGGCCAUCUCACUGAAAGCUCAAUGUUACCUGAGGACAGAAAAGAUCUUGUUGAAGAGGAGGGAACCUUAAUAACUCGAGAAAUCCAGAAAAUAGUUCCACCAUUAGCGUCUAGAUUGAAGGAAGGGAUGACAUUUGCGCAGUUCUCACGUGAAACCACCAAGCAAUAUUACGGGGGAAGUGGUUUGCAAUCCAAUAGAUGAUUUGGUUCUUCAGUUGAGAGCUGUAGGUUUUCUCCUCUAAAGUUACUUUUAUUAUUAUUAUUCUAAUCUUACUACCCAAACCACCCUCCACCGGUUAACUUUAGUUGAUUGAUUAAAUUAAUGCAUAGCUAUCCAAAGUUCUACAUUUAA